CGGCGCAGCAGAGGCUGCAGGCUCCAGGCCGACCCGGAGGCUUCGCCCUAGACCCAAGAACGGCGGAAACUAAGGAGGCUGAUAACGUGAUAACGUGCGACCGGAGCCAGAGACGAGACUCUGGACGCCUCAGCGGGGAGCUCUUCGUACCUAAGUCGCCUCUAACUCUGACGCAGCGACUUUUAUUUGGCCUAGACAGUGUUUUUAGAAGUUGCCAACACUUAAAACCUGACAGGUUUCGUAUUUUUGAAAUUGUUUAGAGUGCCUCCUGAAAAAGCAGAAGACCUAGCCACACGGAGUUUUUACCGUCAUAGCAUUUUUGCACAAGGUGCAAGUACCUUAUUUAUUGUUCUCUGCCAUGCUGAAAUGCUCCUUUCUGGGCAGGAGCCAGAGUGUGCGCCCACUCUCAUUUUUGCUGGGAUGGUAGCUUUGAGAAGUCUGUGGAGGGCUUCUUUGGCCAAGUCUCUAUGGAAAAUGAGAAGCCUCAGAGACUGUAGGUGUGGGAGGGGAAUAUUCCCUCCCUCUCCCACCUGUGAGCAGAUGAGGUCCAUCUGAGUGACAGUGGCUGGCCUGCCUUCCCCCACCCCGUCCCCACCUGGGGGAUCCCCUUAGAGAUCUAGAUUCAGGCCAGGGUGGUGGCACUGUAAAUUUUCCAAAACCCUUGUGCAAUUCAUGUGUAGAGGGAGGAAGGUGUUCUUGGGGGCAGCUAACUACAACCACUGGAGAGUGUUUUCGCUCCAACCUUAGAGUAAAAGUAAUGAUGCUCUGGAGCACUUCUCUGCCAGCCGGUGCUAAAUGCUUUACUUGUACUAACUCAGUCCUCCCGGCCCUGCUGAGGUUGGGACAGUUGCUUGCUCCUCCUACGGCUCCCCAGCUAGCCACUGCAAGCCAGGAUUCAAACCCCGGGGCAGUCUUGCUCAGGGUCCCUCAAUCCGCUUUGCAGUUUCUGAGCAUUUCAAAGUGGGCUUUUUCCUGAUGCCCCAACCAGAAUGGAGUGGCAGGUGCUCCUCACUGGGGUGUUUUAUCACAUCUGGCUUCCAGGCCAACGUGAGCAAUUUGGGGAGAGGAAGCUGGUUUUAGCACUAAACGACUUAAUGAAGCUGUGACAUAGAAUGUAAAACCUGUUACACCCACAGACUACCUGAAUUCCCAGCACUAAAAUAACCUGACCACAAACUCCUGUAGAGCUCAGACAAUGGGUGGCAAGGUCUGCCAGUUCACUAGGCCCAACAACUUACAAUUAAGUGAUUAUUUUUUUUUAACGGGGGGAUGGGGGGCCUCUUUAAAUAUUAACCCCUAAAGUCUUUAUUAACAUUUUUAUUACACUUUUUCAAAUGUGUGCAACGUGUGUGACUGCUCCAUAUUUUGUACUGGAAGAAGGCUCCAACCCCUCUUGUUUCAGAAAAGAAAGGAUGAAGAGCCCCCGGCCCAGGUCCCCGGAAAGCUGAGGGGUCCACCUCCUUGGUCAGGACUCAUAAACCACUGUUGGCCCUCACAGGCCUGUGGGCGCCCGCUCCCUCCCCGCCAGCCAUGGCCCUGGUCAGCAUCAACGAGCUGCCUGAGAACAUUCUGCUGGAGCUGUUCACGCACGUGCCCGCCCACCACCUACUUCUGCACUGCCGCCUGGUCUGCAGCCUCUGGCGAGACCUCAUUGACCUGGUGACGCUCUGGAAGCGCAAGUGCCUGCGGGAGGGCUUCAUCACCGAGGACUGGGACCAGCCCGUGGCCGACUGGAAGAUCUUCUACUUCCUGUGCAGUCUCCGCCGGAACCUCCUGCGCAAUCCGUGUGCUGAAGAGGAUAUGACAUCCUGGCAAAUUGACUCCAAUGGGGGAGACCACUGGAGGGUGGAGAGCCUCCCUGGAGACCAUGGGACAGAUUUUCCGGACUCCAAAGUCAAGAAGUACUUUGUCACAUCUUUUGAGAUGUGCCUCAAGUCCCAGCUGGUGGACCUCAAGGCCGAGGGCUACUGGGAGGAGCUGCUAGACACAUUCAGGCCGGAAAUCGAGGUUAAGGACUGGUUCGCUGCCAGAGCAGACUGUGGCUGUACCUACCACAUCCGAGUCCAGCUGGUCUCAGACAACUACAUCGUCCUGGCCUCCUUCGAGCCCCCGCCCGUGACCAUCGAUCAGUGGAACAAUGCCAAGUGGACAGAGGUCUCCCACACUUUCUCGGAUUACCCGUCAGGGGUCCGCCACAUCCUCUUCCAGCAUGGGGGCAAGGACACCCAGUUCUGGGCAGGCUGGUACGGGCCCCGCAUCACCAACAGCAGCAUCAUUAUCAGCCCUAAGAUGACCAGGGACCCGGCCCCCUCCACAACUCAGCCUGAGACCAUGCAGGGGCAGGAGAAGGCUGCCCGCCUGCCCUCCUCACUUCAUCGCCACAGGCCCUUCUGACAGUCUGUCAUCUGCUGGCCAUUCACCCGUCCUCUGUCUAGGCCUGUCGACUUCCAAAGGUCCCCUCCAGCUGAGCCUGUAGUGGGCAGUGAGGGCCCUUGCCCCGGGAGCGCCUGCCCCAAUUCCAACCUUGGGCAAACCCACCAGUCUGUGGUAACUCCCUGUCAUAUGCUCUGACAUUUUGUGACAAUAAAUGUUUUCAGUAAAACCA